AUGAGAUCUGCCCCCAACUCAACAGCAGUAGAUGGUACUCAUGGGGGACUCUGGCAUUGGAAUUCACCAGUUGUUUACUUCUUUGUCGGUCUGGCGUUCGUGCUGGGGCUAAUCACAGUUGCACUGAUCAUUCUUGCUUGCUCCUACAGAAAAUCUUUGUCCAGUUCAUCAAGAAGCGAGCCUGAAGAUGAAAAACCAGCAAAACAUGAGGGAAUUCAGGAGGAUCUGGAGCCAAAGAUUGCUGUAAUCAUGGCUGGGGAUGAGAAUCCUACAUACUUGCUCAAGCCCGUCGCUUGCAAUUGUCCCAGUGAACAAGUUUAG